AAACGUUAAAAAUUAACUAGCUCACUUUAAGUAAAAGCUACAUUCUCGGUUAUCUUCGUGGGGCCUCCAGUCGGCAUUUUCCGUAACUUUUCGGUUUCACCCGCCGACCCUCGGAUCCUCUCGCCAGAGUUGAUCCUUCGCUGUCGUCGUCUGCCUCGUCCUCCUCUCCGUGUUGUUGUUCUCGGUGACGCGACGGAGGUGUAGCCUGACGCGGUCUCUUACGUGUCGGUCUGAAUAAAAGUGGAGCUCCGUAGACCCGGGAGUGACGAAGCGAGUCUGUGUUGGGCCAACAAAGAGAUCAUGGCGGCGGCUGUUGCAGCGGCGGAGGCUCACAAAAUGAGUCAGUCUCUGCAGGCUGAGACAUAGAUGAAGAUGGAAGCCAGUUCAGAGGUGCAGCAGAGCGGCGAAGCAGCAGUCUCUGAGUCCGAGGCGCAACAGAUCACCCUCGCCCAGGCGUCCAUUACAGCAGGCCAGCUGACCUCCAGCAGCCCAGGGGUCACCAUCGUGCAGCUCCCCAACGGUCAGACGGUGCAGGUACACGGCGUGAUCCAGGCGGCUCAGCCCUCCGUCAUCCAGUCGCCUCAAGUCCAGGCCGUUCAGAUCUCCACUGUGGAGAGCGAGGACUCCCAGGAGUCUGUGGACAGCGUCACGGAUUCUCAGAAAAGGAGAGAGAUUCUGUCCAGACGGCCGUCCUACAGGAAGAUUCUCAACGACCUGUCGUCUGACGCUCCCGCCGUGCCUCGCAUCGAGGAGGAGAAAUCUGAAGACGACUCCGGUCCAGCCAUCACCACGGUUACCAUGCCCACCCCCAUCUAUCAGACCAGCAGUGGGCAGUACAUUGCCAUCACGCAGGGAGGGGCCAUCCAGCUGGCCAGCAACGGCACAGACGGGGUCCAGGGCCUGCAAACCCUCACCAUGGCCAACGCCGCCGCCUCGCAGCCUGGCACCACCAUCCUGCAGUACGCCCAGACUAGCGAUGGCCAGCAGAUCCUCGUCCCCAGCAACCAGGUCGUCGUUCAAGCUGCUUCUGGUGACGUCCAGGCCUAUCAGAUCCGGACAGCUCCAACCAGCACCAUCACGCCGGGCGUCGUCAUGGCAGCGUCUCCUGCGUUGGGAACAGGAGGUGGUACAGAGGAAGUCACACGGAAAAGGGAGGUCCGGUUAAUGAAAAACAGGGAGGCAGCCCGGGAGUGUCGCAGGAAGAAGAAGGAGUAUGUGAAGUGUUUGGAGAACCGCGUGGCUGUACUGGAGAACCAGAACAAAACCCUCAUCGAGGAGCUCAAAGCCCUCAAAGACUUGUACUGCCACAAAUCAGAGUAGAGCGCCCCCCAUGUACAGAGACUCCGCWCAGAGCCGCACCCAGAAGCCACUCCUCCUUUUCUACGUUUCCUGCUUUCUUACAAAAAAAAAAAAAAAACUGCUGAUAAAUCUGACAGUGGGAAUUACUGAGACAUAAAACACACCUGUCCCUCUUUACGCAUUGCUUUUCCUUCACAAGAGGACAGGGAACGUUUCAGAGCUCAUGGAAAGCAUUCCAGUCACUGGGGCCCAAUCAAGCUGGGCUGAAUCACCAGCAAGGAGAAAGUGACAUCAGCCACCUCCCAAAAUGCCGGUCACUCGGAUAACUCAGAGGUUACGUUUGUAUUCCUAACUUGCAUUAAUCUGUUACCUAAUCACGCUAUGAACUGUAGGUGGGUCGUUUUGUCUCUGACUUGUAUUUGUUUAUUCUCAGUUUAUUUGCUUCUGUGACGCCAUGUUUUAAUUUUUUUUUUUUCUACAUAUGCCUUUUUAGGACAAACAGCUAAAUAUGAACUGUAAAAUGCAGCUUUAAAAUUACAGUAUUGAAAUUGGGAAACAUUUGAGACACCAUUUGUCUUUUUUCUAGAACAUAAAAAUAUUAAAGCUAAAUCAUUUUGAUGAUA